CUAAUCAAUAUUCUCUGUUUGCAGAGAAACGCACAAAAGGGAGGAAAGGCUGUGGUUGUUUGAGGAGCGUGUGGAAGUCUGUAAAACAUCACGUCCAAACCCUCAAAACCAGAGUGUGUCCUCGUGUGCCUGACCCGGAGCCAUCGCAGGAGCCUCCACAAACAUCCAGAGCAGAACCGACAGCAGACACCGAUCCGCUCGAGUCCCAGACAACAGAUCCUCAACAUGGAGCAGAGUACUUGCGCUCUCUCUAUGAAGUGGGAGAAGAAGUGGGAUCGGGUGUCUAUGAAGGAAUCAGAAGAUCGGAUGGCCAGAGGGUGCUCAUCAAAUUUGUGAAGAGGCACUUGCCUGGAAAAACAUCAGAGCUGGAUGAGUUUCUCAGACCUAUGUGUGAAGAGGCAGCUACGAUGUUGAUGCUGCAAAGGCCUCCGUUCUGUGACCAUGUCAUACAGUUAUAUGACUGGUUUAUCACGGAGGAGCAGAAUGUCUUGAUAAUGGAAAAUCCCCAUCCCUGUGUGACCUUGCGUAAGUUCAUCAAAAAAAACCCCCGAGGUCACCUGAGUGAAGAAAAGGCGAGACUCAUCAUGUGGCAAGUCGCCGUUGCUCUGCGUCACUGCUGGGAUCGUGGUAUAUUUCAUGAAACAGAUCUGAGUAAUAUUCUCAUCAACACGGACACCCUGCAGUUAAAAAUAAUGGACUUUAGAUACGCAGAGCACAUCAUUAAAAAACGAAGUGAAGACGCUUAUUUAGAGGCGAGGCUCAGAGUGCUUGCUAAAUUGCAAGCAGCUGAAAACUUAUACUUCGUGCUGGAUGCGCUCAUCAGAACCAUAAGACAUCCGUGCUGGAAAAAAGCACACCUGUCCAGAGGUGAGAUCAGUGACAGGAACACAAUGGAAAGAACAUUGCUUGAACAAUAUAUAAAGCUCAGACACAAGUGACAGUAAAUGAUUAGUGAUGAA